UCAAGGGCCUGGGGAAAGAGCUUUUUAGGUUGCAUCACUUCUUCUCUUUUCCGUCUAGAUCAGCUCUUCACAGGCAAUAGCGACCAACCUAGAUUUUCGUAACUAUUCCGGGCCUCGGCGAUUAAAGAGUUCAUCGCCUUAUUUUUAUCUAAUUUGAAUGGACCCUUUAGGUUUUCCCUUUCUCCUCUUAAACUUGCUCCAUUUCCCAUCUUUUUUGUGCUGAUUUACUAUUCCCAGUUUCACGCUCUAUUUGUAGCUCUCGCCAUCACAUGCCGAUCGCCCACUACCGGUUGAGGAACCAUUGACUUCUCUCCGCAUUUGCUCUCAACCACUGCCAUUCAACCACCUGCGUGUCGUGCUAAUAAAAGCUACUACUUGCCGUAGUAGCUAUUGUUUAUUCAAACUACCACCAACACAUCGAUCUAUAGUGAUAGCGAUACCAUCGCCAUCAUGGAUGUUGCAUACAAUCAACACGCCGAACGAUCUCGUCGCAAGAAUCGCUCCUCGUCCAACCUCAACCACCUCUCCCUCGCGCCCUUGACCGCCAAACUCCCCCUCAACGACGACGAACUCAUUGCCGACGCUAUCGCACCCCACCCUCACUCGCCUAUCCAUCCAAUUCCCUCCUAUAUCCAGGGAAAGUCUGCUCCUUCAACACCACGUCUUCUCGCUCGGUCCCCAACAGCAUCGCGCUCGAGGUCCCAUACCCGAACCCCCUCAACACCUCUCGCCAAAAGCAAAUCCGCGUCUCAUCUCGCGGCUGGCGCAUCACGCAAGACUCAUUCUGGUCGCGCAACGCCCAGACGCCACAAAGAUGAUAUGAGCUUUAGCAUGCGUAAUCGCAAUGAUAGCGAUUGGCUGCUCAGGACAGGCGCGCUCAUGAGCUCCGAAGCUCGCGAGUCUAAGGGUCAGACUUGGCUUAUCUCGCGUCAGAGUUCUACCAGCCUAGGAGGGAUGGACCCCGAUGAGGAUGCUUUUGAGAGUGAACUUGCUCGCGAGCGUGAGCUUACGAGCCGCCAUGCUAGUCGCCGCGGUAGCACUGUUGAGGACGCAUCUCCAUAUGCCAGUCGCUUCCCUAGCCGCACUCACAGUCGCUCCCACAGCUUGACGCGACCUAGGAGUCUCCUCCACUCACCUCUGGAAUUCUCAAUGACUGCCGAUGGGUCCUACUUCCCCAACCAAGAAGUCAACAAUGAUCUACCCGGCCCUGACUUUGUCAACCUCGAUGAGAAGCUCGAGGAGCUUGAGCAGGACUUGUCCCAAGAUGAUGAAGCUACCGUGCGACGCCUCGUGCGCAAGGGCCAAGCUAACACAGGGACUUGGUUCGGCAAUGUCUGGUCCCUCUUCUCCGUAGAGGAAGACGAUGAGGACUCAGAAGAUGAUAGUGACGAGACUCCUCAGGAAGGAGAUUCUCAACUCGGCCGCUCCCGUAGUUGGUCCUCACGCCAUCUGGCAGGCAUAUCGACAGCCCCAGAAGAGCGUAUUCCACCCCCAGGAACCGACGAAGGCGGCUGGAGAGAUGCAGCCUGGUUAUUGAGCGUGGCGUCCAAGGUGAUGUUUUAGAAUGAAGCCACUAAACACAAGACGAUAAACCGAUUAUUUAUUUAUAUAAGCAGUAAAGAGAUUGGAUAACACAAGGGUAUAUGGGUUAAGAGCGUAGUUGGUUGAUAAUAUAUUUGGCGCACACAGCUUCAGCCUUGCAUUAUAGGAGCAGGCUUCCUAACAUGAUCGAUUACUUAGUGAACUUCCUCCCGCUUGUUCUAGAAUCAUGUCCGAGUAUCAACAGACUUUGAAAUCUUCUGAAUAAGUGACAUUCUUACAAAGCUAUCAUUGUAAGGAGAGGGCUCCUAGGUAACUUACUCGACUCGACCCUGGCAUUUAUCGGCAAGGCUCCGCGCCGGCCCAAGGAGCACGGCGCGGGGUCCGUUCACCGCCCCACUCCCGUUCCGCAGCCGGGGCCAGGAUCAGCAUCAACUGACAAGCAAAAACGACCCGCUCAGGGUCGUCUUGGAAGCAAAUGAGCGCCACGUCACUUUUGCUUCAUUUCUACUACGUUAUAGAACAUCUAGGGCUGCUACGUCGGACCCUCCAAGUGUGCAAGAAAUAAAAGAAGCAAAAAUAAGACGGAGGAAUACCCACCAUAAUCGUGCGGCCAAGCUGAGAAGAGUGAGUCAAAACCGGUUUGCGGGGUGGACGAGUUAUCACAUCGCAGGAGGGUGCAUUGCAGGCCUCGAAUGAAACUUGUUCCGCGUGUGAUUGAUAAAAGGGUCUUACAGCUUUGAGUCAAAUGGGAGAUGGUCACCCGUCGAGGCCUUCAGGUGCGGUUCAUGACUCUUGUGCAUGAUAGUUUGAAGUAAAGGGCUUAGCUGUGCUACAAACUUCCCGGGAAUUGGGUCAUUGGUGGUUCGACUCUGAUGUUUGAUAUGUGCAACAAGAGCUGCCGAUUAUGCCGCUCGUCGAUGCCAUGUGCAGCUACAGAUCUGGGUCGUGCACUAGAAGCUCUUUUGUGACAGUUUGCGGUGAGGUUUAAUAUGGUGGGUACCCAAUAUCAAAGUCUCAAGACAUGGAUAGCUUGAUAAGAUGCUGAGUCGUAGUGGGAGUUGUUGUGUUGUCAAGCACACUGCCCCUCCGUAAGCCAUGUUAAGUGGACUUGAAUCCAAGUUCAAAGUCUAAAAGACCAAGUUUUAUAUAACUCGUGACUUUGAACAGCUUGAUCAUGCCAUCCUAGAGAAGGGAUAACCAAGUAAAAGAAGCAUUUGUUCAGCCGCCGGUGGUCAAACCCCGCCAUCAAGCAUUCAAGCGUGACCGUGCACGAGGGCCCCGGCGGAAACGGCAGUGAGGGGUGCUUAAUGAGAUUGAUCAACAGACCCUGCAGGACCCAAUAUCAGUGGAAGCGAGAGCAACGCAAGCCACAGGAAUACAGCAUAACAGAUGCAGUUGGUCUGCGACGGAGAAAAUGCCGCACCAAAGUCUUGAUUGCGGUGGCUGGUGUGAGAGACAAAGAGCAGCUUCAAUAUCGAGGGCGCAAUCUGCGUGGGGUUUCGAAUCAUUGAACGGGUCCAAUUUCUCGAGUCGAAUUCAACCGGGUGGGCCUGCGGGCAUAGGGCGGCGUGCAUGUCAUCCUAAGCUUGUGAGUGCUGGGGAGCUUUGGUUCCCAAGACUUGAAAUCUUCUGAGAGAAGCUCCCGUGCCCUACGGCCGAGAUGCCGAUCGUCUCCUGUCUGAGAAAUACCAAGAGUUGGGAGUGUGGACCGGUGGCUCGGUGAACGUUGCGUCUUGUCUCGGGACGUUGUGCCUGAGUAUCUCGAGUUUUUAUCUUUUAGGUAUAGUAUCAAAGCAGUGAGCUCGAGAGACGAGGCAUAAGCGGCGUCCUGUUGUGUUUGUCUCGGCCGAGAGGUCUUCAAAGAUCCACUGCAUAACACACUGUCCGUACAAGUGAUAGAGCCAGCAGCAAGUGGAGGAACGCAAGAGAGUGAACUGCUUCAGCUCCGGGUGACGACUUCCCGGGUCCCGGGGAUAUGCCACAGCUGGAGAUUUGCGUAUUUAGCCAUACGCCGGGUUAUGACCGGUGUGCUGGAUAUCAGGAGACGCUGGGGCCUUGUAUGCUGUACGCUGCGCGUUAUCUGUAUGUCAGCAUCUGGAGGAGGGGAUCAUAAAACACUGCCUAUCAAGAAUAUAAUUCCGGAUACAGCCCGAAGAAAACGUUCCGCCUCAUGGUAGCAUCUAUACUUUUGGUAUCCUGGUUAGUGGUGCUUGUUUGUCUGUUGUCGUUAUGGAUUAGCGGACUAUUUCCACGCUAGGCGGACGCGGUUGAGAGUCCCGGAGAGCCAGAACGGAAAAGACAAUGAGCUUCCUAAAUAGUUAGAGGGGAUGGUCUGUUAAGGACCUAAUCAGCGGUGACAUCGAUCUGGUGCAGAGUCAGCAAUGUUGAGGAAUAUUUCUGGUAUUAAGCUAUCGCACGGGAGCGCACGUACACAUGAGCAUGAGCAUGGAUGGCACUGACAUGAUUUUGGUAGACGUAAAAAAAAAAAAAAAAAAAAAGUAAAGCCAACAGAAAGACACAAGAGUUGGACGAUCUUUUACGGAUUCUGGAUUGGUGUCUCCCCCAAUGGAAGCUGUGGAAUCUAGGCCUUC